UGUGGGCACAUUUCAUUCCACCUCAGUUUACGUCUUUGUAAUGGCUGCUUCUUCAGGGACUGUAUACUCCACCGCCUUCACCGAGCUUUUGGCCGGAGAUGUCUACCCAGCCGGCGAGUCACCCAAGUUUAAGUCUUUGUCGCCGCCUUCUCUGCCUCUCUCUCCUUCCACCCAGCUACUGGACUCGCCGCUUCUCCUCUCCGCUUCCAAUCUUUUGCCUUCUCCGACCACCGGAACUUUUCCGGCUCAGCCUUUCAGCUGGAAUAGCACUGCCAACGUAACCCGGGAAGCUCUGAAGCAGGAAAACAAUGGCGGCUUUUCUGAUUUCUCUUUCCUUACCAACCCUGCUUCUGCGGGAGAACUGAACUGGGCUUAUCAAGAAGGAAAUGAAAUAGAAGAUGCAGCAUCAUCAGAAAAGGCCAUUGGAGAGCUGAACACUGUGGUGAACUCUCAAAGCAAUGGUGGAAAUUGUUCAGAUUACAAUCACCAAAAAAACCAGGCAUUAAAGAGGUCAGACGAUGGGUACAACUGGAGAAAAUAUGGGCAGAAACAGGUGAAGAGAAGCGAUAAUCCAACAAGCUAUUACAAGUGCACACACCCAAACUGUCCCACCAAGAAGAAGGUUGAGACAACCUUAGAAGGUGAGAUCACUAAGAUUGUCUACAAAGGCUCUCACAACCAUCCUAUGCCUCAAACCACUCGGAGAUCCGCCGCAUCUCCGCCUUCCUCCUAUGUCUCUAAUGGCACUGGGCAGCUGGAUAAUUCUGUUGCAACACCAGAGAAUUCUUCAGUGUCAUAUGGGGAUGAUGAUUUUGAGCAAAGCUCCCGGAAGAGAGAGUUAGGGGGAGAGGAGUUUCAUGAAUAUGAUUCAAAUGCAAAGAGAUGGAAAGCUGAAACUGGAAAUGAAAAUGAAGGAAUUUCUUCACUGGGAAGUAGGACUGUGAGAGAACCCAGAGUUGUAGUUCAAACCAGGAGUGAUAUUGAUAUUCUUGAUGAUGGGUAUAGAUGGAGAAAGUAUGGUCAGAAAGUUGUAAAGGGCAACCCCAAUGCAAGGAGCUAUUACAAAUGCACUACUCUGGGCUGCCCAGUGAGGAAACAUGUGGAAAGAGCACCGCAAGAUACGAGGUCUGUGAUUACAACAUACGAAGGGAAACACAACCACGAUGUUCCGGCGGCAAGAGGCGGCCACUCCCUCAACAGACAAAUUCCCAGCAAUAGCAACAACAGUCCAGCAAUUGCCAUUAGGCCUUCUGCAAUGUCUCAUCAAUCCAGCCUUCUUGCAGCCAUUCUCCCAACACAGGGCUCUGGGAAUUUCGGGGCGAAUCAGGGAACCGUGUUCUCUGCAUCCAGGGAAGAGCGGCUCAGAGAUGACAUGUUGCUGCAGAUGUUACUGCCCUGAGUUUCUUGAUUCUUAAUUGUCAGCAGUAGUUUGGUUGAUUAUUCAUUUGUUUAUACAGACAUGUCUUGUUUUCAAGUUUACUUCAAGUGGGUCUAUAUAUACUCUAUACUUAGUUAAGAAUGACACAUAAAUAGUUGAAACUUGAAGUUGUAUUCAUGUAUUUAUCAACUUUAAAACUAUAAUUGUAUACUUAGUGAUGGGAUAACAAGAACCAAAUGUUUUCAUAUGGAAGCACAUUCUUGUGUAAUGGGAUGAUGAUGUAUCAUGAUCACUUUUUGUAUAGCCUACAUUUUUUGACACCCA